AUGCCAACGGAUUUGCCGAGUUCAUAUUUGAACGCAAAGGUAUUUCACUUCAUUUGUUCGGCGACUCGGGCCACACACUUUGUCACAGAGAUAUUACGAUUACGCGACAAAAAUUCUAUUUCACCACCGGUCUUCGUGUGGGAACCGGUACCGGACUUUGCGUCCGCAGAAAACAUGCAAUCUUGCGUGGAAGCAAUGAGGAUGGUGGAUGUCGUGUCACCAAAUCAUGAGGAAGCUGCUGCUCUGUUGGGGUUGGUCACGGGCGCGGACGACGAGGAAGACGAGAAAUUCCUGACCGACGAGAUGUUGAUGCUCAUGGCCGAUAAGUUUUUGGCCUAUCCGAUUGGGCGAAAUGGAAGCGGGUGCGUCAUCAUUCGCGCUUCUCACAGGGGUUGUAUCGUUGGUACAAGAGAGAAGAAAGAGAUAAUACCAGCCUAUUGGACGUCAUCCAAAGACGGAAGCCGAAAUCCACACGUGGUCGAUGUCACUGGGGCUGGCAAUUCCUUUUGCGGAGGUUUCAUGGCGGGUUUACUAAAGUCAAACUUUGACGUCUUCGAAGCUGCAUUAUACGGGUCAGUCAGUGCGUCAUUCAUUCUUGAACAAUUUGGCACUCCUAUACUCAGCAUCGAUGAGCGGGGAAACGAGACGUGGAACACGGGAGACAGCCCGCAGGUCAGACUAAACAAUCUGAGACAACGAGUAAAGGAGAAACUUAAGGAGAAAUUGAAAGUGAAAUUAAAGGAAAGAAUUCGGGAAAAAAAGCAGAAACAGCAAAAUAUCAAUGGCAUCGAGACAGGUUGUGUCGGCAAGGAAGUGAAGGACAGUGGUGAGAGCGGCGAUUGCGGAAACACCAAGGAUGGCUUGGAUCGAGAAAGUGUUGGGGACAGUGUGAGCCCCGUCGAUUAA